AUGAGUUCUCACGCUGCUGUCUCUCCUCAACCUCAUAUCCCACCAUCGGGAGUCUGGUGCCCUGCGGUCACUUUUUUCCACCAUGGUACCGACUCACUGGACCUCACAUCUCAAUCUCAGUAUUUCGCCUAUCUGUCAAAGACCGGGCUAGCCGGUUUGGUGAUCCUGGGCACCAAUUCCGAGGCUUUUCUUCUCACUCGCGAAGAGCGAUCUCAGUUAAUUUCAACCGCGCGAGCCGCUGUUGGUCCCGACUUCCCAUUAAUGGCUGGUGUGGGUGCGCACUCCACCAAGCAAACCCUCGAGCUCGCCAACGAUGCCGCUGCCGCUGGUGCCAACUACCUCCUCGUUCUCCCUCCUGCGUACUUUGGCAAAGCCACAAACAUGAAUGUAGUGAAACGAUUCUUUUCAGAAGUGGCAGCAAAGUCACCUCUCCCAGUGGUGGUUUAUAAUUUCCCCGGUGUAUGUAACGGCGUGGACAUGGACUCCGAGACGAUCACUGCUAUUGCAAAGGAAUCGGCGUCCUCGCAUCCUAGUGGUCGGUCCAACGUGGUGGGUGUCAAGCUUACCUGUGGAUCCGUGGGAAAAAUCACUCGACUGGCUGCAGCAUUUGCGCCCGAGGAAUUUGCGACAUUUGGUGGACAGUCCGAUUUCCUGAUUGGAGGACUUGCUGCAGGAAGCGUUGGCUGUAUCGCUGCCUUCGCCAACGUCUUUCCUAAAGUGACAGCCCGUAUUUAUGCGCUGUAUCAGAAGGGACAGAUUGAUGAGGCUGUGAAGCUCCAAAGAAAGGCAGCACUCGCGGAAAGCGCAAUCAAGAGCGGCAUUGCGUCAACUAAGCAUGCAGUGGCAUGCUAUUCCGCCCAACUAGCAGGGAUUCAGGAUGCCGCAGCAAACCUAGCCCCUCGUCAUCCUUAUGAGGAGGUGGGUGAAGGUCCUAAAAAAGCGAUCCGAGAGGUCAUGGCCGAGGUUGCUGAGAUCGAGAAAAGCCUGUAA